AUGAAAGUGACAGUUCUACACCCCCACCACCGGCAUUUGUCGGCUCCAGACUUGGCAACACCGCAACGACGGCGACGUCGGCGACCGACGGCGUCGAUCUCUCACCCCCGAGACACAGAAGGACAGAAGAGUGCACGGCCGACAGUCGAAGGGCUCGAACACACCACCGCCUACCCUUGCCUGGCACCACGCACGCGUCAUUGCUCGGAUGCAACCCCUCGACAGACUGUACUGCACUUCGGUUUCACUUUCGUUCCCGUUUCGGUCGCAACAGCACGACGACGUUACCGAACGCGCGCGAACUGA